AUGGAUCGCAAUCCUUUCCUGAAAGAGUACUAUGCGAGCGUGGGUCCGCUGCAGCCACCAAAAUACUCCCUUAUGCCUAAUCGUGAGCUGCCAAAAUUAACACCAGAAAGCACAUAUGGUCGACCGAAUGGCCAUGGCCUGCCCAUGCAUGCGUCCGUGAAUUCCCGGCAAGACCAGGUUUCUCCUUACCCAAACAUCCACCGGCCAAUGAAUGGCGCGCCGUACGAGGGCUCACCUGAUUAUCGCGCUCGUAUGGGCUACCCGCCCCUGGAUCGGAUUAUUUCGAGCUCUCUGCCUUCUGCAUCGCAUUCAACAUUUUCCGUUGCCCAAAUGGCGAGUACUCUGCCGCCUGCCGGGUACGAUCGGGCUUUUUGCCAAAGCGAGGCGUUUAGAGCAUGUCAGGGUAAGGCACGGAGAGCUAUACAGGCUUGUGACCAAUGCCGAGCUAGGAAAGCAAAGUGUGACGAGAGACGACCGAAUUGCAGCCACUGUAAACAGAACAAUCUUAGCUGUGUCUACAAAGAGGUGUCACCGCACAAACAAGAGAAGACUACCCAGCUGGUAUUGGACCGGCUUUCCCAGAUAGAGAAUCGCAUGGAGGAGCGAGAUAACCGCAUGGAUGAGCGUUUUGAAAAAAUGCAAAUGCAAAUGCAAGAGCAAAUGCUCAACAAGUUGGGUAAACUACCACCUCAGACUGUCCAAGAUCGUCCGGUCCUCCCAGCACCAUCUCCACAACCCGUCAUCAACCAGGACUUGCUUCUCAGAGCAGAGAUGCCUCAGAUUCAAGUCUCAACUCCAAAUAUUUUGGACCUCGGGAGUCAGGAUGCAGCAGCUCCGAAAAUUGGCCAAAAGCUUGGGCCUAUAGAACCGAGGCUCGACAAUCAGGAGGCUGGGGGUGAUCUCUCCAUUCCGGUAGAGCACACUACUGCAGCUCACAAGCUAUUGAUGUGGCCGUCAAUCAAGAGGCUACUACACUCUGCAGAAUACGACGAAGAGUAUGUGAUGCGGUUGGAAGAAGAGCGCGGUCUCAUCAGCAUAUACGGCCAAGGCGAGAUCUCAUACACAGCAGAUGACAGUCAAUUACCAACAAAUGGUGACCCCAAGGGUGCCCAACCCGAUGGAAAUUGCGUAGGACCGGAUGCUGAUGUCGACAUCGAUGAAUUUGGGAACUUGAAACUGGAUGCUGUCACUGCUAGGCGCUACUACCAUAGCUACUUCGAGCACAUGUUUAAGCUUCACCCAUUCCUUAUGGAAGGUGAGCUAAAUAUUAAGGUUGAUAGCUUCAUCCGAUGUUAUUGUCGCAUCAAUACCUCACCGAGUUCAGCUUCCAAUUAUACACGACUACCUCGCGAUGGUCCGAUACCAGCCAAGAAGAGGCGAUCAAACGAGAGGCUGGGUGUGCGUGGCAGGUUCAUGGAAGCUAUCUCCAAUCCGCUGCGGCCACGAGUCGGUAAAAACAUUGACAAUGCCUUGGUCAUGCUGUGCCUGGCCCUCGGAGCUAUUUGCGAAGCUCAUGCCCCUCUCCCCGGGCCUAUCAUGGACAUGAGGAUCAACCACUCUAAUCAGCCUAUUCCUGUUCCGCUGUCACCAUUCAUCCCCCCACAGACUAUAGAUGGGACAUGCGUUACCAGCGGUAUGCUCCUCCCGGAAAAAUCUGAUUCGACGGCCACGCAGAUGUCGCUUUCGAGCUCUCUGUAUUCUAUGCCAACCCAGCCUUCUGGCCAAUCCUUUCCAAGCAACCCAUUCAACAAAAGCGUAAAUGGCCUGUCGAGGAGAGAUGUGACAAAUGCGCGGGAUGAACAAGGGAACACGAGGAACUAUCAGGCCAUUCCUGGUCUGACUCUCUAUGGAUACGCGACCGCAAUAUUAGGCCAUUUGCAGGGCGGCAACGAGCUAGAAAAUGUCCAGUGCGGCUUGCUUGCUGGACUUUAUGCCGGCCAGCUGGCUCAUCCUUUCCAGAGCCACAGUUGGAUUUAUCAGGCCUCAAGGGCUUGCCAGAUUCUUGUGAGAACCAAGCGAUAUGAACGACUCGAAGAGGGGGCCACGAAGGACUUGUACAACUUUGCGUACUGGACUUGUCUGCAAUUGGAGAGUGAUCUUCUCGCAGAGCUUGACAUCCCAGCGAGUGGUAUUUCCCGUUCCGAAGGUCGGAUGGCCAUUCCAAAAGGAAAAUGGACAAUUGGUCUACCGAACGACGAUCUCAAUGCACCCCAAACGAUGAUGAUGCUGUUUUAUUCUGCCCAAAUCCAUCUACGAAAGGUCUUGAACCGAGUCCAUACAGACUUAUACAAGGUCAAAAAGCAAGGCCAGUCACGAUGGUCAUCCACCGUUCAGGAGACUCUGAGCCUAAACCUCGACCUCUGGCGUGAUAGCCUACCACAAAACAUGCAGUGGCUCGAAAGCGAUCCGCCAGCAAACGAAAUCAACGCCGCUCGCAUGCGUGCUAAGUAUUACGGCGCACGGUACAUUAUCCAUCGACCUCUUCUCUACCACGCACUACACUACGGCCACACAGGUGCCCGCGUCGGACCGGUCGGCCAGUCUUUGGUGGACUCACCUACCUCGCAACAAUGGUCCCCCUCGAUGCUGUACAGCGGUGCUCAGGAUCCAACGAUGGCGUGUAUGUCUGGUGACAUGGGCUCUAUGCCGGCCGCAGUCUCCACUGACUGGCAGCCCCCCAAAGUCCGCUUACAAGAUCUGCCGAUGAACCUAAAAUCUGCCUGCGACAUCUGCAUUCAAUCGGCUAUCAAGAGCACGGAGGCCUUUGAUGGUGUGGGUGGACAUCGGUUGCUCGUUACCAACAUCUUCGGCACUUCCCAUGCUCAAUUUGGCAAUAUGCUCGUCCUAUCUGCAACCUACAUGUCAAGUUUAAAGGAGCUCGUCGAGCCAGAGACACUUGAGCGCCUCCUCGUCAGGACAAUAGGUUUCCUCAUCCAAAGCAAAAGCAUAUCCCCCACCCUCCGCGCCGAUGCUCGCAUCCUCACUGAGAUCUACGAGAAGAUCUUCCAUCGUGCUCCUGACCUGAGGCAAGCCAGCAUGAGCAGUCACACUCCAAGCCUGAGCAGCCAAACUACCGGCAUGAGCUUCUUUUAA